AUGGUUUUAUGGACCGACCUUGCUGUUGACAAACGUCGUCGACAGUUGGAUGCAAUACCUAGGGCUUGGCUGAUAUCUCCGCCCUCUGGUAUUCUAGAUGUCACAGCCGUUCCUGAAUCUUGUGGGCUGUUAAGUGAUGAAGAAAUCACCAUUACGCGUUCCUCGGUUGAUAUCCUGUUGUCAAAACUUGCUCGAGGUGUAUGGAGCUCUGUGCAGGUUACGACAGCAUUCUACAAGCGAGCUGUCGUUGCACACCAAUUGGUAAACUGUCUGACUGAAAUUUUCGUCGAACGUGCUCUAGCCCAUGCCGCCAAAUUAGACGAGCAUCUGAAGCGUACAGGUCAAGUCGUUGGUCCUUUGCACGGGCUUCCGAUCUCGCUCAAGGAUCAGCUAUGUAUUGAAGGCCUAGAAACAACAAUGGGCUAUGUCUCAUGGAUAGGGAAGUAUGCAGAUAAGAAUGCGGUGUUGGUUGACGUUUUGAUCGAAUGUGGGGCCGUUCCCUUCGUGCGGACAAAUGUUCCACAGACGCUCAUGUGGCCUGAAACGUUCAACAACGUAUUUGGUCGCACACUCAACCCUUAUAGAACGUCCCACACCUCCGGAGGUUCUUCCGGGUGCGAGGGCGCUCUACUUGCCCUUCGAGGGAGUCCCUUAGGUGUUGGAUCGGACGUUGGCGGUUCCGUGAGGAUCCCGGCUGCAUUCUGUGGCCUAUUCGCCUUACGGCCUUCCUACGGACGUAUACCCUAUUGUGGAGCAGUGAACUCUCUUGAGGGCCAAGAUUCGAUUUUAUCGGUGUUUGGCCCUAUGACAGCUAGCAUCAGUGGGCUGAAAGCCUUUGUCAGAGCUGUGGUUCACGCAAAGCCUUGGCUCAAGGACCCCUUAGCUAUUCGAAAGAAGUGGGACGAAGAGGAAUAUAUGUUGGUGGAACAUGGGAACGGGAACGGGCUCUGCUUCGCUAUCAUGUGGGAUGAUGGUGUCGUGGUACCGCAUCCUCCAGUCACUCGAGCCCUUCGAAAAGUCAAAGACGUCCUGGAAAAAGCGGGCCACAAAGUCAUAGAUUGGACUCCAUUUAAACAUAAUGAACUCGGCAAUCUCACAAGAGACAUUUGGAAUGCCGCAUCGGCCGAAGACUACAAGGUGACUACAGCUAGCACAGGGGAACCUGUGAUUCCAACAAUGGAAUUAGACGUGACGGGUCCCGCCACCAUCGCCCCGUUCAGGCCGGCAAGGCCCGGCAUUUCCGCAUACCAGCUCUGGCAAGCACAAAAAACCAAACGCGACAUUCGCAAGGAGUAUUUGGAUCGUUGGGAUAGAACAAGUUCAGUCACGGACACAGGCCGGCCCGUCGAUGCUAUAAUCGGCCCUGCGGCACCUUAUGCCGCAGUGCCUCACGGGAAGAACAGGUACACAAACUACACCACUGUAUGGAAUGCACUGGACUACGUGUCCAGUAUCUUCCCCGUCACUGCCGUCAACCCGGCGCUCGAUUCCAAAAAAGGCCCACAUAUUUUUAUCAGUGACUUUGACAGGGAGAUCUACGAGCAAUACGAUCCCGAAGUAUUCAAGGGUCUUCCAGUUUGCUUACAACUUACCGGCAGAACCCUAGAGGAGGAAGCGGUUAUUGCGAUGACAGAGAUCGUGGACAUGGCGCUCGCAAAGCACGCAAAGAAUGAUGCCAAAUUGUGA